UUGAAGCUGAACUAGACUGCGUUGGCUGCCAUUUUCGCCGGUUGUUCAAUUUGUUCACAUCCAGGCUGAUGUCAUGGGUGUUUUCAUUUAUGUAUUGACGGCCGUCGUAGUGCUGGUGGGAUAUCUAGGAUUGAAAUGGCGUCGUGCCCUGCAGUACUGGCAAAAUCUGGGCAUUCCCUGCGAGGAGCCCCACAUCCUGAUGGGAAGUCUGUCGGGAGUGCAAACUAGUCGCUCCUUCUGCGAUGUCUGGAUGGAAUACUACAAUAAGUUCCGUGGAAGCGGGCCCUUCGCGGGCUUCUAUUGGUUCCAAAGACCCGGUAUCCUGGUACUGGACACUUCGCUGGCCAAACUCAUAUUGAUCAAGGAGUUCAAUAAGUUCACGGACCGCGGUUUCUAUCACAGCACAGAGGACGAUCCCUUGUCGGGACAACUGUUCCUGCUGGAUGGCCAGAAGUGGAAGUCCAUGAGGAGCAAGUUGUCAACCACGUUUACGUCGGGAAAUAUGAACUACAUGUUUCCCACCGUGGUGAAGGUGGGCCAUGAGUUCAUCGCAGUGUUUGGACAGACCAUGGAAAAGUCCCCUAUUGUGGAGGUUAAGGAUAUCCUAGCCCGGUUUACCCCUGAUGUGAUUGGCACCUGUGCCUUUGGCAUCGAAUGCAGUAGUCUCAAGGAUCCACCGGAUGCGGAAUUCCGGGUGAUGGGACGUCGAGCCGUCUUCGAGCAGCGCCAUGGAACCAUAGGAAUUGUCGUUAUCAAUUGCUUUCAGAACUUGGCCCGCAGGCUCCACAUGAAAAUAACCAUUGAGGAUGCGGAACACUUUUUCCUGCGCAUUGUCAGGGAGACGGUUUUUUUCAGGGAGCAGAACAAUAUCCGUCGGAAUGAUUUCAUGGAUCAGCUUAUCGAUUUGAAAAACAGUGUUAGCUUGACAAUUUUGGAAAUGGCCGCCCAAGCGUUUGUGUUUUUCGGAGCUGGCUUUGAAACCUCAUCGACCACCAUGGGAUUUGCUCUGUACAAACUGGCCCAACAUCAGGACAUUCAGGAUCGGGUAAGGAUAGAGUGCCAGGAGGUGAUUGCCAAUUGCAAUGGAGAGUUAACCUACGAAAGCAUGAAGGAUCUGGUCUAUCUGGACCAAGUAAUAUCGGAAACUCUUCGCCUGUACACAGUUCUGCCCGUCUUGAAUAGAGAAUGCCUGGAGGACUUUGUGGUUCCCGAUAAUCCCAAAUAUGUUAUCAAAAAGGGCAUGCCCGUCCUGAUUCCUGCCGGAGCCAUGCACCGCGAUGAGAACCUGUAUCCCAACCCAAAUACCUUUGAUCCUGACAAUUUCUCCGCCGAUCGCGUCCAGGAACGCGAUUCCAUGGAGUGGCUCCCCUUUGGCGAAGGUCCCAGGAACUGCAUUGGAAUGCGCUUUGGCCAAAUGCAAGCCCGUGUCGGACUGGCUUUCCUAAUCAAUGAGUUUAAGUUCUCCUUGUGCGACCAGACCACAAUCCCCAUGGUAUACAGCAAAAAAACAUUCCUUUUAACAAUUGAUACUGGUAUUUUCCUGAAAGUUGAUCGCGUUUAAUUGUUUUCGUGUAUAAUCAUUGUUUAAAUAGUCGACUUGUCAACGAUUGUUGCGACGGAAUAUAAUAAUUUUUAUUUCGUCGUUACAAAUUAUGACUAACCGCAAGAAAAUUAUUUUGGAUAACUUCUAAUCUAAUCAUUAUCAAUACUUAACAACUAACAUACAGAUAAGCCAAAAUACUUUGUUAAACGUAUGCUAGUUUAUGUGUGGUAUCGUGAAAGAGCUUGUUAAUAGUUUUUUAA